AUGAACUCUCAGCAUCCAGUCACUGGAAAAGGCAAGAAAGCUUUCCCCGCCCUCCGUCCCCCAUCUUCUAUCCUCAAAACCGCCAACCCCGCUACUCCACCCGAACAAACCACCCCACAUUGCAACGUCCAGCCGCGUCUCCGUAUUCAUCCACCUAUUCCACCAUCGCCGCCAGAGCUCUCUCGUGUCAAGGACAACUACUCACCGGCGCCAUGCCCUUCCAACUAG